AAUUUUCCACAUGUUAAAGCAAUGCGGAACACACAAUUCAUCACCGUAGAAUGAUUAAUUAUAUAAAACUACCAUUAAUUAUAACCAAAGUCUACUAUGUAAUUCUUUUUUGUUUACUUAAAUGACGACGUGAUGAUUAUAUCAUCCUGGUGCCACAAAUUUGUUAAGAAAUUGGCCUGGUGGGCUUGCAGAGUUUGAGAAAUUGGCUCACAGGCGAAGUUAUUGGUUUAUAUAUUUUGAUUGAUUUAAAAAUCCAUAUAGUAUUAAUAAAUCCAAAUAAAAUAUAUAAAUUCAGAGGUUUUUCUCAGAUUUGAGUCUUUGUAUUUUUAACUAAAAAAUCCAAACAAAUCCAUUCAAAUCCAUUAUAAAAUCAAAUAUAUUAGUAAAUUCGUACGAUUGAAUAACACUUGAUUUGAUGUAGAAUUUAUGAAUCAUUUAACCAAUAAUACCUGAUUUUAAUACAGAUUUGAAUCACAGAACCAAUAACACUAGAUUUAGUUAGGAUUUUCAAAUCCAUUAAAAUACAACAACCAAUAACCCUUACUUACAUAAUUAAACCAAGAUUGUGUUUGGUUUCGGUUAUAAUUGGUUCGGCUUGCAAUUGGUUUUAAUGCAGUUAUCUUGUUUAGCUGGUGGGCUUUAUAAUGGGCUUAGCCUUUUAAACCAACUGUUUCGCCCAAUAAGAACAUCAAAACCUUGCAUACUUGGCAUCAUCCACUGUUCGUCGUCACCACACCAAGCCUCUCUCCCCUCUUCUCUUUCGCUCUCCAUCAGCAAUAUAGGUAUACUGACUCCACAAAACUGAUCCAAAUUAGUCACGUGUUGUCACGUUUCGGUCCUCUGUCUCUGGCGAUGCCGAAAUGUUAAUUUUCCAGUGAUCGGGAUUCGAACCCAUGUGGCGUUACUCACACCUAUAAGCCAUUUACCAAGUGAUCCAGACUAUCAUUUUUUAUAUUGUUUGAUGUUAAUGCCGAUUGAUAAAUUUGAGCUCUGGUUUCGUUUGGUUUCUUAUGCAGCAAGCAAUGUCUUGUUCUCAGAAGUUAAAAACAAGUUUUGGGAACAUGUCUGAUUUGAGCGGUCAUCAAGCUGAAAACAAUGACAUCAUGUCCGAGAUUUUUCUCCGGUUGCCACCCGAAACGGUCUACAAGCUGAUUCUAGUAUCAAAGAGAUGGCUUCAGAUAAUCUCCGACCCUUUAUUCCGUCGCACUUACCUAACCAAAUGGAAACCCAAGUCUAACCUCAUAGGCUUCUUCAUCUGCAAGACGAAGAAGUCUGGAAGUUUCAAAUACGAACUUCGUCGCCCUCCCUUUGAGUUUUACCACCCGCUUCGAACUAUCUUAGGCGAUGAAAUCAAAUCGUUGAAGCAGCUUGGACACUACAUUGAUUCUUCAAACGGAUUUAUUCUUUGUAUCAACCAACAUCCAAAUCCAAAUGAUUACUACUUGUGGAAUCCGAGCACGGGGAGGCGUCAUCGGAUUCCACAUCAUGAAGUUCACCUUGAAUACCCUUGCACGUCCUUGGUCAUCGAGGAGGAUGGUCCGUUUAGCUACAAGGUGAUCCGCGUGGAAUGUGUAAACAAACCAAGCGCCAAGUUGAAAGUGGAUACCUUUUCAUCUAAAACCAACACUUGGACCUACUCGGAGAUGACUUGUCCCGAGCCUAUGAUUCUCAUUCUAGGAGGAGGAGGGACAGUGAUUGGUGGAUUUGUGUAUUGGUAUGCCACAGGAGGGAGAGUUGCGUUUUACGACACCAACAGUAACGAGAAACGAAUCGGUUUGGUAAAGCUUCCGAAGAUACACGACAACGAGGAACGUGUUCUGACUCAUUCGCCUGAUGGGUGUCUACAAUACGGACGGAGCAGUAAGUCAGUAAUGGAGAUAUGGAAGCUGGGAAAGGUAAACGGUUUGUUUCAGUGGAAGCUUCAAAAUAAGGUGAAUUUCAAGGUGGUGUGGAGGUGGUACGAUGUUAAAGCUGAAAGACUUAGUAGUACUCACAACGAGGUUAAAAAGCUGUUCGCAUUCCCAAUCAGGAAUGAGAGUCAAACAUGUUCAUCAAGACCUGGAACAAUAACAGAGGAGGAGGAGGAGCAGGGUGUUCUUUAUGGGACGUCUGCAAUGUCUUGCCAUAGUUUCGACGAUAAUGGUUUUCCUUUCUUUGUCAGUUUUAUAAAAGGAGCUGAUGUCUCUAAGAUCAUAGGGAAAAAACUCAUGCGUCACUACAUGUCUUCCUAGCUAUGAAUCAGUUCGUGUGUUGAGCCUCUGAGAUCAUUUUCUUUUUUCUUUUCCUUUUCCUUUUUUUUGGGUGUCAUAUAAUUUCACUUCUUGAGGAAUUAGAUUCAUUUUUGUUUCA